GAAAUGAAAUUCCGAGACCAGCCUGGAAUCUGAUCAUCUCUAGGCUCCUUUUUGAAAGGCCGUUGCAUUUCUAGUUCGCCUUGCAGUCAGGGGACAACAGAUCACGGCAGAACGGGUCUUAGAUUCUAGAACCCUGCUAGUAGUCUUAGAUCGUGUUAUUUCUUCAGCGUACGGGGCCUGGACGAGGGACCGUGUACCAUGGCGAGGUCAGCGCUUCUUGCGCUCCUGGCGCUCGUGCUCGUCACAACCCAGUCAUGCCUUGCCAUCGAGUUUUUCGAGUCCUUCGACGAGGAUUAUGCUGGUCGCUGGGUCGUCUCUAGCAGCGCAGACUACACAGGCAAAUGGAAGUGGGCUCCUGGCGAAGCGUCGGGCGAUUACGGCCUGCUGGUAACCGAGAAGGCGAAGAAGUACGGCAUCGCAGCAGAACUUCCCGAGCCCGUGGACCCGAAGGCGGACACCCUGGUGCUGCAGUACGAAGUUCGCCUGCAGAACAACCUCGAAUGCGGCGGCGCGUAUCUCAAGUUCCUCAUGCCACAGGAGGCCGGCUGGACCCCCAGCCAGUUCAAGGACGACUCACCCUACUCGAUCAUGUUCGGACCCGACAAGUGCGGCUCGACGAAUAAAGUGCACUUUAUUUUCCGCCACAAGUCACCCAAGACGGGCGAGUACGUGGAGCACCACAUGAAGCAGCCGGCCUCGCCGCUGACGUACGACAAGCUGUCGCACGUGUACACGGCGGUGGUGUACCCGAACAACACGGUGCACAUCCUCAUCGACGGCGAGAAGAAGGCGGAGGGCGAUCUGCUUUCUGGAAAGGAUUUCCAGCCGCCCGUGCUGCUGCCCAAGACGAUUCCAGACCCCGAGGAUAAGAAGCCCGACGACUGGGACGAGCGGCCCAAGAUCAAGGACCCCCAGGCGACCAAGCCGGACGACUGGGACGAGGACGCCCCCCGCGAGAUCCCCGACGAAGACGCUACCAAGCCCGACGGGUGGCUGGACGACGAGCCCGAGGAGGUGGACGACCCCGAGGCGAAGAAGCCGGACGAUUGGGACGAGGAGGAGGACGGCGAGUGGGAGCCGCCCAAGGCGCCCAACCCCAAGUGCGAGGAGGCGCCCGGGUGCGGCGAGUGGAAGCGACCCAUGAAGCGCAAUCCCGCGUACAAGGGCAAGUGGACUGCGCCGCUCAUCGACAACCCCGCGUACAAGGGCGUGUGGAAGGCCCGCGACAUCCCCAACCCGGACUACUUCCACCUCGACCGCCCGCACCUGGAGAGCGUGGCCGCUGUUGGCAUCGAGAUCUGGACCAUGUCGGACGGCAUUCUCUUUGACGACGUCCUCGUUACAAGCGACCCCGCUGUGGCGGAGAAGUACAGGCGGGAGAAGUGGGCGCCCAAGUUCGCCAAGGAGAAGGCGGCGGAGCAGGCGAAGCGGGAGGCGGAGGACGCGAAGCUGAAGAAGGAGUCCGCUGGGAAGGGCGGCUGGGAGGGCAAGCUCAUUGAGACGCUACACAAGGUCGCAGACGCCCCUGCUCUCACGGCUGUGCGCCCACAGCUCAAGGCCAUUCUGGUGGAAGCAGCCAAGUACCCGUACGCCACCGUGGGCAUCCUCAUCCUCAUCCCGCUCGUGCCCUUCCUGCUGCUCGUCACCGUGCUGCUCUCCUCGCCCAAGCGGCCCUCAGACCAGGUGUCACUCGAGAGGGCCAAGAAGGAGGACAUCUCUGCACCUGAUGAUGCUCCCGAGGAGAGCAAGGAAGAGGCCAAGGACGAGGGUGAGGUCGAGUCAAAGGAUGAGCCUGCCAAGGGCACAGCUGAGGAGGCAGCAGAGCCGGCUACCGAGGAGGAGCCUGCCAAGCCUGCAGCCUCGGAAGCCAUACCUGCAGCCUCGGAAGCCCAGCCUGCAGGUGUGGAGGAUGAGGUGAAGGAGGAGGCUGAGACUAAGGUCAGGAGACGCACGCGCAGGGAUUGAUUGAAGAUGACAGGAGGUUAGCUGUACCUCACCUGCUGUGAAAGGUCCUUGUUACGGUAAUCUGUUUCACAUGCUCCCUGCCUGCACUGUGCUGCAGCAUAGGUAGGUGGUAAAACUGUACUGCCAUUGUUUUGCCAUGACUGUUGCAUAUCUUGUGGUGAUAUAGUAGCCCUGUAGGGUUCAAACCUUCAGCCUUUGUUCAGACACGUUGAAAUCUUAUGGCAUUAUUAGCCCGUAGAGUCCA